UAAUACGUUCGAAACGAGACUUGGUUCGGUUACAGAAUGCCUAUUACUUAACCCGUGUACAAGUGAGAGUGGCCGGCCGGUUCUGCGGCAUUACGGCACAUAACUUACCACUCGACUCAGACGGAAUGGAUUAAACGAGUGUAGAGGAUGCACUUGGACAUUCGCCUCUUCGUCAGCGUAUUUUCCAAUUGCAUAAGAUUUUCCUCCGGCGCGAAAGACAGUUAAACCGAACAUAUACUUUCAUCAGCAAUGUGCGAAAUAUCACACACGUAAUACAUACAGAAAAAUAUAAAAAUAUAGCAGUGAAUUGUGCUUCAGUUUGUACUUCGAUCUCAAGGAUAUUUCAAUGUGAUCGUAAACCGAUCGCAAGUUGAUUAUUCCAAGGGCUUUGGUGAUUGUGCGCGUUUCAUAAUCAUUUUAAUAAGUGCAUUUCUUGUGUUAAUGAGUGAGCUAAAUCGACGAGACGUGAUAUGCAUCGGCGGAUUCUCAAAAGGACAAUACUGUUCCUUCUCAUCACAACUUUUGUUGCCUUUACGCUGCAAAUUAAUGAUGACAAUGUUAAAGAUGAGAAAAUUUCUAGAAUUUCGAAUGAUCAAUAUCAAAGGAUCAAACGAGCUACGGUGCGAAAACCAGGAUUCUUUAGAACAUUGUUUUCUGUCAUUUACGAGCAAUGGAAUGAUACCAGAAAUACAGUUGGUACAGUAAACAAGUUGGUCAACGAUAAUUUCCUACCAGAAAAUGCUCCGCCAGUCGAAACUACGACCAGUGCCGAUCCGAAUGCUACGACGAAGGCCCCGCAGUUCAGGAUCUCUCGCAACGAGUUCAACAGGAUAUUGAGGAGAAACUUAAAGGGCAUUAUACGAUUAUACAACAUUGAACUCAAAGACGCUCUCAAGCAAUCAGACAAGAAUUACGCUGAAUUCAAGAAGAACGCCUCCAUCGAAGUGUCCAAAUUCCUUUGAGAUCGACGCCAAAAUAUCUAGCCAGAUCUUAUCACUGUGAUAACAUUUAACUUAGGUUCUCUCUUCUGUUCGUUAUUCGUUUAUUUUUCGUAAAUGCGGUGUACUGAGGAUGGCCGCAACGGCCCUCCUGUCGUCUAUACUUUGUUGUUGAUUGUCCUGAAAUUUGCUCUCUAAUUUAUUCAAUUUUAAUGCCAUUUUUUUAACUUGUUAUUUUUACUAAUAUAGAAAGAACCGUGUCAUCUACAUGUAUAGUAUUUAAAUUAUUGUAAUUAUUUUAGGCACGUUUUUUUCCGCAAUAAAAGUGUUUAUC